AUGACCAAAGCCCAGAUCGGCCUUGGUGUUCUGGGAAUUCCAUCCGUUAUGAGCUCGGUGGGAUUGAUCCCUGGCGUUAUGCUGUUGCUUGUAAUUGGUGGUAUCGCUACCUGGUCGGACUACAUUGUCGGCGUCUUCAAGAUGCGUCACCGUCAUGUCUACGGUAUUGACGAUGUUGGUGAAAUGCUUUUUGGCCCCAUUGGCCGUGAAAUCUUUGCUGUAGCCCUUUGUCUUUUCUUUACUUUUAUCUCGGGUUCAGCCAUGCUUAGUAUCUCCAUUGCAUUCAAUGCACUAUCGAAUAAUGCCAUCUGCACUGCGAUCUUUGUAGUUAUCGCAGCUCUUGUGACCUUUGCCUUUGCGAGCAUCCGGACCCUUAGCCGCAUUAGUCCUCUUGCGUGGGCUGGUGCAGCAAGCAUUAUUAUAUCUGCUUUCAUCGUCACGAUUGCUGUCGGCGUACAGGACCGGCCCGAAGCAGCCCCCAAGCAAGGAGCUUGGCAGUCAGACUAUAAGCUCUUCAAUCGCCCAUCUUUUGCCGAAGCGCAGAAGGCUAUUUCAACUAUCAUAUUUGCGUAUGCAGGUACCCCGGCCUUCUUCCCCAUUGUCUCCGAGAUGCAUGACCCGCGCCAGUAUACGAAGGCCCUCGUUACAUGCCAGACCCUUGUAUCCGUGACAUAUAUUACUAUUGGCGUCAUAAUCUACUAUUACUGUGGCACCUAUGUUACCUCGCCAGCAUUGGGCUCAGCCGGGCCGACCAUAAAGAAGGUUUCGUAUGGUGUGGCUCUGCCUGGACUGUUUGUGACCGCCAUAUUGUGGACACACCUCCCCGCCAAGUACGUCUUUGUCCGCAUUCUGCGAGGGUCACCACAUCUCACUGCCAACACUCUGAUCCACUGGAUCACAUGGAUUGGGUCAACCCUCACUAUCACCAUAGUGGCUUAUAUCAUCGCCAGUAGUGUCCCGGUGUUUGAUGAUUUAGUGUCCCUUGUAGGUGCCCUAUCCGGGACUUUUUUGACCAGCCAGACCAUGGGAAUGAUGUGGUUGUUCGACAACUGGUCUUCCAGUACGAGAGACCACAAUCGGCGCUGGUUGAUCGGUUCGUUAUGGAGUGUCUUUACCAUACUCGCCGGCACGUACCUAAUGAUUGGUGGAACCUAUAGCUGCAUUCUCGCCAUUGUCAAGUCUUACCGUGAAUCUGGUGGCACGUCUGCGUGGAGCUGCGCGGACAACUCAAGUUCCUGA